AUGGCGCGCCGUGGGAAUGACCGCGAACGUGAGCGUGACCGUGGCGAUCGCGGUCGUGACCGUGACCGUGACCGCGACCGUAGGGAUGGUCGGGAGCCUGAGGGGCCUGAGGGGAGUGGCAACACCUUCGAGGCACGCUUGUCAGCUGUUGAAGACCGGCUUCAGGCCACAGCCCUUCUUGCCAACAGCACUGCGUUCAAAGUGGGUAAUGAGUCCGCCAAAAGAGCCCUGGUUUUCUUUGUGCAAGGAGAGCUCAAGGCCAAGCUUGAGCGCGAGUGGGGAGUAUGGCAGCGGAACUCCGAGUUGCCCCCCGCGCAACGCCCGAAGGAGAAGCCGCUGCCUUGGAAAAUCCAGGCCUACCAAGCGUUCGUGGAGUACGUUGACACCGCGGUCCGAAGCGCACCUAGUGGGUCUGGAGGGGAGGAGGCGACGCGACUACUCUUGCCAACUUCGCCUGCAGUUGAAGCCAUUCAACACGGCGCUGCACAGGAAGAUCGGGCAUGGCCGAUGGUGCUGGUCUUCAGAAACUCUGAGACCGCGCAAGCCGCGCGAGAAAUAUGGUUGCAGGCGUGCCUCAAACCUUUCCUUGGCAAAGACAAGGAUUUGGGCGUGCGACCGGCUCGAUAUAUGCCUGCUGGCGCUCAUCGCCGGGUCCAGGAGUUCGUGCCCAAAGGCAAAGGCGUCGGAAAAGGGAAGGGCAAAAAUCGGUCGCCGAAGCGCGAGUCAGAAGGUCCCGAAAGGGGCGAUCUGCAGCGUCGCAGACUCUGA